CAUGCGCGCGACGACGGGGAGCCAUCGUGUGAUUCUUCGUUCUUUCACUGCCUUCUCUCGUCGCCGGCGUUUUCUUCGUUUCUUCGGUUACCGGAAUCUAGGGUUCCGACUAUGAAUGGGUUAUACUUGAAGUGGUGUGUAUUGACUUUUGUGAGCAAUCACGCUAGCUCACCGCUUCAGCCUCAGACUACUUUAAUGAACAAAGAAUAACAUCCCGUACUUUCCCACCAUUUAAAAGUUGCUUUUAAUCUUCACCUUUUUUUUUGGGGCUGCGCCUUUUUUCUCUGGCUCUGGCUAGAGUGGCCGGAAACGAUGUCGUUCUUAAAACGCAGAAAGGGCCCUGCGAAUUUCAUACAUGAUUCUGACCAAGAUGGCGAUAAGAGGGAGAAGGAGAAUGAGAAAGAAAAAGAGAAAAUUAAGAGAAAGGGGAAAGAAAUCAAGAAGACAAAGAAAUGGACUUGUGUUGAUACUUGUUGUUGGUUCGUCGGUUUUAUUUGCUCACUUUGGUGGUUUCUGCUGUUUCUGUAUAAUGCUAUGCCGGCCUCGAUUCCACAGUAUGUAGCGGAGGCGAUUGGAGGGCCAUUGCCGGAUCCGCCCGGCGUGAAAUUGAGGAAGGAGGGCUUGAUGGUGAAGCACCCCGUGGUUUUCGUGCCUGGCAUUGUGACGGGAGGAUUAGAACUUUGGGAGGGUCGUCAGUGUGCGGAAGGAUUGUUCAGAAAGAGAAUGUGGGGUGGCUAUUUCGGAGAGAUAUAUAAGAGACCUUUAUGCUGGGUUGAACACAUGUCAUUAGAUAAUGAAACAGGACUAGAUCAUCCAGACAUAAGAGUUAGGCCUGUAUCCGGACUUGUAGCAGCUGAUUAUUUUGCACCAGGUUAUUUUGUCUGGGCUGUUUUAAUAGCUAAUUUAGCUCGCAUUGGUUAUGAGGAGAAAAGCAUGUAUAUGGCUGCAUAUGAUUGGAGAAUCUCAUUUCAGAAUACAGAGGUCAGAGAUCAAACUUUGAGCAGAAUGAAAAGUAAUAUAGAACUCAUGGUGGCUACUAAUAAUGGUAAAAAAGUGGUUGUUAUUCCACAUUCAAUGGGUGUUCUAUACUUCCUUCAUUUUAUGAAAUGGGUUGAGGCACCAGCACCAAUGGGUGGAGGAGGUGGAUCAGAUUGGUGUGCCAAGCAUAUAAAAGCAGUCAUGAACAUUGGGGGACCCUUUCUUGGUGUUCCAAAAUCAGUUGCUGGACUUUUCUCCAUAGAAGGCAGGGAUAUAGCUCUUGCCAGGGCUAUGGCACCAGGCUUUUUGGAUAAGGAUGUUUUUGGACUUCACACCCUACAACAUUUAAUGCGGAUGACCCGGACAUGGGAUUCAACUAUGUCAAUGAUACCGAAAGGUGGAGACACCAUAUGGGGUGGCCUUGAUUGGUCUCCUGAGGGUUACUUUGACUGCAGUGCAAAGAAGCAGAAGAAUAAUGUUACACAUAAUUCAAUUCAAAAUGGCCAAGAACGCCUUGGGCAAGCAAAAAAUGUGAAUUAUGGAAGAAUUAUAUCAUUUGGGAAGGAUGUGGCUGAGUUACAUUCCUCCAGGCUUGAGAGGUUGGAUUUUAAGGGUGUAGACAAGGGUAGAAACCUUGCAAACUCAUCCCACUGUGAUUCCUGGACAGAAUACCAUGAAAUGGGUGUUGAGGGAAUCAAAGCUGUAUCAGAUUACAAGGCAUACACAGCUGAUGAUAUUAUUGAUCUGCUCAAGUUUGUUGCUCCAAAGAUGAUGAAGCGUGGAAAUGCACAUUUUUCACAUGGGAUUGCUGACAAUUUGGAUGAUCCAAAAUACAAACAUUAUAAAUAUUGGUCCAAUCCCUUAGAAACAACAUUACCAAAUGCUCCAGAUAUGGAGAUCUAUUCAAUGUAUGGAGUUGGGAUUCCUACAGAAAGGGCAUAUGUCUACAAGUUAACUGCUCCAUCUGAAUGCUACAUUCCCUUUCAGAUCGACACAUCGGCAGAUGGUGGAGAUGGCUCUUGUCUGAGGAAUGGAGUUUAUUCUGUAAAUGGAGAUGAAACUGUUCCUGUCUUAAGUGCUGGUUUCAUGUGUGCGAAAGGUUGGCGGGGAAGAACCAGGUUCAAUCCUUCGGGAAUCCGAACUUACAUAAGGGAGUACGAUCAUGCCCCUCCAGCUAAUCUUCUAGAGGGUCGGGGAACCCAGAGUGGCAAUCAUGUUGACAUAUUGGGGAACUUUGCAUUAAUUGAAGAUAUUAUAAGAGUAGCAGCUGGAGCCACUGGCGAGGACUUAGGUGGAGAUAGAGUCUACUCAGAGAUCUUUGAAUAUUCUGAAAAGAUCAACUUGAAGCUCUAGAUUCACAUUGAGGCCACAAUCAAACUUGCUUCUAUUUGAGAAGGAGCUGGUGUUAUGGGCUACAUAGGUGAGAAAGGCAGAGCCUGCUUUAGCCUGUCAUUAUUCUCUUAGGAAAUGCUGAGUCAGUUUUUACUGGAAAGAUCAGCCAAAAAAAGUAAAAAGAAAAAGUGAUCAAGCUCCAAGUUUGAUUAUUACAUGUAGAUUUGGAUGACAAGAUUUUUGUUAACUCUAUUGUUUCCUUAUUUUUUUCCCAUUUCUGUCAAUAGUAUUAUGAUUAUGAUGGUGGCUUGUAUCAGCUCAGUUGAAUGACUCUUUCCACAUGAAAUGCAUUUUUGUUCUUAUAA